AUGUUCGCUGCUCGCCAGUCGUUCGGUGUCUUCCAGAAGCGGGCUUUCUCCGCCUCCGCUCGCCAGGCCUCCAAGGUCACCGUCCUCGGUGCUGCCGGUGGUAUUGGCCAGCCUCUGUCUCUGCUGAUGAAGCUCAACCCCCGUGUUACCCAGCUUGCUCUGUACGAUAUCCGCGGUGGUCCUGGUGUCGCUGCUGAUCUCAGCCACAUCAACACCAACAGCACCGUCACUGGCUACGACCCUACUCCUUCCGGAUUGAAGGAGGCCCUCACUGGAUCUGAAAUUGUCCUCAUCCCUGCCGGUGUUCCUCGCAAGCCUGGCAUGACCCGUGAUGACCUUUUCAACACCAACGCCUCCAUUGUCCGCGAUCUCGCCAAGGCCGCUGCCGAUGCUGCUCCUAACGCUAACAUCCUCGUCAUUUCCAACCCUGUCAACUCCACCGUCCCCAUUGUCUCCGAGGUCUUCAAGUCCAAGGGUGUCUACAACCCCAAGCGCCUGUUCGGUGUCACCACCCUUGACGUCGUUCGUGCUUCCCGCUUCAUCUCUCAAGUCAAGAGCACCGACCCCGCCAACGAGGCCGUCCCCGUCGUUGGAGGCCACUCUGGUGUGACCAUUGUCCCUCUUCUGUCUCAGUCCAACCAUGCCGACAUUGAGGGCGAGGCCCGUGACGCUCUUGUCAACCGCAUCCAGUUCGGUGGUGACGAGGUUGUCAAGGCCAAGGACGGUGCUGGUUCUGCUACCCUCUCCAUGGCUUUCGCUGGUGCCCGCUUCGCUGAGUCCCUCCUCAAGGCCGCCCAGGGCGUUAAGGGUGUUAUUGAGCCUACUUUCGUUGACAGCCCUCUCUACAAGGACCAGGGCAUUGACUUCUUCGCUUCCCGCGUUGAGCUCGGCCCUGAGGGUGUUGAGAAGAUUCUUCCCGUUGGUGAAGUCAAUGCUUACGAGGAGAAGCUCCUUGAGGCUGCCCUUGGUGACUUGAAGAAGAACAUCAAGAAGGGUGUUGACUUCGUUGCCCAGAACCCUUAA